AAAGGAACAGACUACAAAACAGGAGAUGGAACCUGUGUUCGUGACUACAUAGACGUUACUGACCUUGUAGAUGCUCACGUGAAGGCACUGGAGAAAGCUAAGCCUAGAAAUGUCGGAAUCUACAAUGUAGGUACUGGGAAAGGAAGAUCGGUGAAAGAGUUUGUGGAAGCUUGUAAAAAAGCGACAGGAGUAGACAUCAAAGUAGAUUUCUUGCCUCGAAGACCUGGAGAUUACGCAGAGGUUUACAGUGAUCCGGCAAAGAUUCUUAGAGAUCUUAAUUGGUCUGCUCGUUACACUAAUCUUCAAGAAAGUCUUGAAGUUGCUUGGAAGUGGCAAAAGACUCAUCCUCAUGGAUAUGCUUCUUCUUAAAGACCCCAAGAAAGAGAAAAAAAAAAAGAGUUUUAAAUUUUAAACUUUUUGCAUAAUUUGUUUUUUUUGAGAGAUUAGCUUAUAGAAAGGAAUUGAUUUGUUACAGAAUUACAGUUCAAUAAGUAUUAUUAUGGUGGUAAUUUGAUACA